AUGGCCAACACAGCCACUUCCAUCACCAGCGCUCUCAGCCCACCCACCGCCAGCCCGAUAAGAGCGCCGCCCCCAGUUCAGCGUGUCGCCCCCAGUUCAGCACUCCGCCGCCUGUUCAGCGCGCCGCUGCCGCCAGAUCAGCUCGCCGCCGCCGCCAGAUCAGGGUGCCACGGUGUGCGAGUCCAUGCUAUUGGGGGCAAGAGGACCUACUGCCCUGUCAAGGAUUGCUCGGCGAAGAUGCUGGUGGACAACGACAAUGACUUCGCUGAGUCAGAGUGCCCGAGCUGUGCUUGCGCUGUGGCACGCCGGCGUUACCUGCACCGAGUACAGGAACAGAAGGGGGGCAGGGGCAUCGAGGACAUGAUGCUGCUUGAGAUGGCUAAGGGGAAGAAUUGGAAGCGGUGCCCCAAGUGUGAGUUCUUCGUGGAGAAGCGUGAUGGCUGUCUGCACGUCACUUGCAGGGUCAACUUUUCUUAUCUCCAGAACAAUUGGACAUUGGUUGUUGAUUUCCAGGUACUUGAUGCUUUCCUUGCGCCAGGAUCAGGGUUGUGGAUGUUUAAUGAUGUCCCUGAGGUUGACAGAGAAAGAAAGCUAAUUGAUGGAGGUUUGGACUUCAGUCGCCUCGAUAAUAUUACUUUGGUGCAUCGUGAGGGAAAUGCUGUUAUUCGCCAUCACUUGGAGAGCCUUCCUUUAGAAUCAUUCGAUUCUAUCCUGAUUUUGGCAGAUGAAUCUGUAGAAGAUUCAGCAAUCCAAGCUGAGUCGAGGUCACUUGCAACUUUGCUGCUGAUAAGAGAUAUUCAGGCAAAACGUCUUACAUGCAAGGAAUCAUUGAUUUCACAUGUUCCCCGAGGGACCUUUUCUGAAGGUUCUUGGAUAGGGGAGAUGCAACAAGCAUCUGAUAAAUAUGUCAUAAUCAGUGAAAUUUUGGACCCCAGGACAAAAAAUUUGUUGUCAGUGUCAAAAAUUAGUGACUACGUUCUUUCAAAUGAAUUAGUGAGCAUGGCAUUGGCAAUGGUCGCAGAAGAUCGGCAGAUAAAUAAUGUCUUGGAGGAGCUCUUCGCUGAAUAAGUAUAAUUCUCAAAG